GGUCUUUUUCCUUUAACCUUGCAGAGAACCUUCUGAGGCUCCAAUCACUUUUGAUGCAGAUUCUUUUCUUAAUUAUUUUGACAAGAUUUUAGGGCCAAGACCUCAUGAAUCAGAUUCUGAUGAUCUGGAUGAUGAAGACUUUGAAUGUUUAGACAGUGAUGAUGACUUGGAUCUUAAAACACAGGGGACUGGGGAAGAAGCAUCUUUAAAAGGAACUCUUAAUGAUCUCAAGUCAUACAUGGCCCAGAUGGACCAGGAAUUGGCAAAUACCAGCAUUGGCAAAAGUUUCACCACCCAGAAGCAAAUGGAACCUCUCUCCCAGACUACCAGUAAUAAUUCAGAUGAGGAAGAUUCUGGUGCAGGAGGAUCUGUUAUGACACCAGUGGACGUAGACCUGAACCUGGUUUCCAACAUACUGGAAUCCUAUAGUUCCCAAGCUGGCCUGGCAGGACCUGCGUCCAACCUUUUACAAAGCAUGGGAGUACAGCUGCCUGAUAACACCGAUCACAGACCCACAAGUAAGCCGAUGCAAGAUUAACCAGCACAUCUCACCUCUUUUUUCUUCUUAAAUAAAUAUUGAGUCUGAUUGUGCUCA